AUGGGAGCGAGCGGCUCGGGGAAAACUACGCUCCUUGACGUCCUCUCGGACCGCAUCUCUUCGCGCAACCUCACUGGGGAAAUCUCCUUGAACGGCGCUCCGGUGAAAGGCGACACGAUCCGACGGCUGUCAGCGUACGUGAUGCAAGACGACCUGAUGUUUCCCGCGCUGACGGUCCGCGAGACGCUCAUGUACGCCGCGGAGUUGCGGCUCCCACCGACGGUUAGCCACGCGGAGAAGGCGGAGAAGGUGCGCCGCCUCAUCCGUCUGCUGGGCCUUACCAAAGUGGAAAACUCCAAAAUCGGCGAUGAAAAUAGCCGCGGAAUCUCCGGCGGCGAGAGGAAGCGCGUCGCGAUUGGCGUGGAAAUGAUCGGCGAUUCGAAAAUUUUGUUUCUGGAUGAACCCACGUCGGGGCUGGACUCUACUAGCGCGUUCCGAGUCGUAAAGGUGAUAAAGAGAAUCGCGGUGCGGACGGGGAGUAUCGUGGUGAUGGUUUUGCACCAGCCGAGCUUUCGCCUUCUGAGCCUUUUGGAUCGGCUGCUGCUGCUCGGCGCCGGACGGAUGUUGUUUUUCGGGCAGCCUGCGCAGCUGCCCGAGUUUCUGUCCGCGUUCGGCUGCCCGCCGCCGCCGUUCGCGAACCCGACAGAAUUCGCACUGGAUGUGAUCCAACGGCUGGGACACGAGACGGAAGGUGGCGCAAAGCGCGGGGAAGACGUGGACGAUGAGGAUGACGAGGAGGAGGAAUAUGACGUAGAUGGUGCUUCGCCGGAUGCUCGAGUGGCGGAAACUGACAGCGGCGGCGGCGGCGGUGCUAGCGCGCAGAUCGGGUUCCUCGGGGAGCGCCAAAGCGCGGGUGCGGCGCAGCUACAGCCUCUCGGGGAGCGCAAUUGCGCGGGGGCGGGCGCGCAGUCAGAGCACCGCAGCGAGCGCAAGUACGCGAACGGGUGGUGGCGCGAGCUGCGCGUGCUGAUGAGCCGGUCCGUGCGCGUCAUCGCGCGCACCCCCGCGCUGUAUCUGCUGCGCCUGCUGCUCAUCAUGGUCACGGGGCUGCUCAUCGCGUCGCUCUUCUGGCGCCCGCCCUUCAACGCGGAGGGGCUGCACGAGCGGCUGGCGUUCAUCUCGUUCCUCGUGUGCACGCUCUUCUUCUCCUCCGCCGACGCCACUCCCUUAUUCAUCCAGGAGCGCAACAUUUUCAUCCGGGAAACGUCGCAGCAUGCCUACCGGCCGUCCACUUACAUGGUGGCAUCGACCCUCGUGUACCUGCCUCUGCACGUGCUCAUGGCCCUUGCCAUCACUGCCGAGUCCUGGUGGUGUGUCAACCUGUCUGGCGGGGGAACCUCGUUUGCCUUCGUGGUGCUCGUCUGCUUCUGCUGCCUGUUCACGGGGAAUGCCUAUGCCACGUUCGUCAGUGCUGCUGUCAACAAUGUCAUCCUCGCCUACGCCAUAGUCAUCUCCACCAUGGCCAACUUCGCCCUCGUUUGCGGCUUUUACAUCCAGCGGCAGAGCAUCCCACCGUUCUGGAUCUGGCUGCACUACCUCUCCCCAGUCAAGUACGCCUAUGAAGCCGUCACGCUCAACGAGUUCGCCGCAGCCGGACCCUCCACCUGCUACCAGCCUGCAGGAGAUCUCUUCGCCGCCACGCCUCUCUCGGUGCUCCUCUCGCCUGCUCAGGUGAAUCAGUCGCUAGCUGUGCUUCGCCCUGGGCUUGCUCGGACGCCGUUUGCGGAUCUGUCGGUGGGGACGUGCUUGCAGACGGGGCCGCAGCUGCUGGUGUAUUCCCUGGGGCUGACGCAGAUGAGCAAGUGGGAGUGUGUGGCGGUGCUGGUGGGGAUGGGGUGUGUGCUGCGGUUGCUGCACUGGCUGCUGCUGGUCAGGCUGUCUCGCACCAAGAGGGGGUGA